AUGCCCUUCACCACCAAGUCCACCCUCAACUAUCCGAAGAAAAUGCAGCCCCUCAUUCACCCACGGGGAGUCAUGUGGCUACGUAUGCCGACCCGGGUUUAUUCAAUGAAAUGUCCUGCACCACCAAGGCCACCUAACACCAAACCACCAACCGGCUGUGACUUCGAGUACACGCAUGAGGACUGUGUUGAUGCACCAGACCCAGACCAUACGAAUAGAGCUGGCUGUGCCGCCCCCUACAUACAUGGCGAGGUUUGUAACUACCAAUGCAAAGUCGGGUACACUGAAGACGGCGGCGACAAAAUGCGGACAUGCGAUGAUGGAGCCUGGACUGGGAACGAUCUGGACUGUAAAGAGAACUGUGAUGAUGCACCAGACCCAGACCAUACGGUUCGAGCUGGCUGUGACGACCCCUACAUACAUGACGAGGUUUGUAACUACCAAUGCAAAGUCGGGUACACUGAAGACGGCGGCGACAAAAUGCGGAAAUGCGAUGAUGGAUCCUGGACUGGGAACGAUCUGAACUGUAAAGAGUGUGAUCCGCCACCAAUGCCACAGAACACGAUUAUAGUCGGCAUCUGUAAUCCUCCCUACCUGCAAGAUCACAUUUGUAACUACGCUUGCGAUUCCGGAUACAGUUAUGACAGCGGUGACGAAUACCUCACCUGCAUUGAUGGAGACUGGGUCGGGGACGAACUGGUCUGUAAAAAGGACUGUGAUGAUGCACCAGAUCCAGACCAUGCGGAUAUAGAUGACUGUGAAGACCCCUACACACAUGGGGAGGUUUGUACUUACCAGUGCUGGUCCAUGUACACUGAAGACGGCGGCGACAACACGCGGGAAUGCAAUGAUGGAGCCUGGACAGGAACCGAUCUGGAAUGUAAAGAGGACUGUGUUGAUGCACCAGACCCAGACCAUACGAAUAGAGCUGGCUGUGCCGCCCCCUACACACAUGGGGAGGUUUGUAACUACCAAUGCAAAGUCGGGUACACUGAAGACGGCGGCGACAAAAUGCGGACAUGCGAUGAUGGAGCCUGGACUGGGAACGAUCUGGACUGUAAAGAGGACUGCGAUGAUGCACCAGAACCAGACCAUGCGGAUAUAGAUGGCUGUGAAGACCCCUACACACAUGACGAGGUUUGUACCUACCAGUGCUGGUCCAUGUACACUGAAGACGGCGGCGACAACACGCGGAGAUGCGAUGAUGGAACCUGGACUGGGAGCGAUCUGGACUGUAAAGAGGACUGUUAUGAUCCACCAGACCCAGCCAAUGCGGAUAGAGCUGACUGUGCCUAUCCCUACACACAUGGGAUGGUAUGUAACUACCAAUGCCAAACCGAUUACAAUAAAGUCGGCGGCGACGACACGCUGAAAUGCGAAGAUGGAACCUGGACCGGAAGCCCACUGGAGUGUGAAAUGGAGCCGACCGAGGAAAUGCCGAAAAUGUUCGAGACUGACUAG